CACAGCUGAGGCUUUUCCUCGGGAAGUCGGUCCUGGCGCCUCCGGGUGUGUGCAGCAUUCGCGGAAUUGGUUCAGCUCCGCGUGGUGCGGCGGGCGAGCCCUGGAGGGCUGGGGACGAAGGCUCAUUUCUCAUCUACCUUGGAGCAAAGCAUCUCUUAUGAAGUAAGCAGGAGUCUCCAGGAACAGGCUCUCCGUGGAAGAGAACCACUCCUCCACCACCUGAGUUUCUGAGCAGAGGGAGAAGGUUCCAGAAAGGAGCGGAUCCUAGCAGAUCAUCAGAAGGAGUGAGAUGUGGAUAAUGUCACCACAUCCAGGAGCCUCACAGGAUGCCUCAUGGAGGAAGAUCUGAGCUCUUCUCACACCAUGACUGUCACCACAGCUGGCAACUAAAGAUAGGCUGAUGAUUUCCUCUCAUCUGACCUUAUGGGACAGCAGUACAAGAAGUAUUUUCUAUUACUCAUGUUUGAAAGUUUGGAAAAAUUCGUCCUGAGAGUCUGUACUUUUGGAGAGUUCUACAUUUUUCGAAGAGCAGCAGAAAAUGAAGAAAUCCUAUAAAACCAGGGGAGAGGUGCGCAUGCUCGGGCACUGCCUCGUCCCGCCCACUCGGGCUCUCCCUUCUCGGCCGCCGUAGCAGGGCCUCAGCAGAAGCAAGAUGGCGGCGCAGCAGCGGGAGUCGUCGGCUCGCCGUCCCCUCCGUCGGGUUUUUUCAUCCUCCAUAAAAACCAGGGGAGAGGUGCGCAUGCUCGGGCACUGCCUCGUCCCGCCCACUCGGGCUUUCCCUUCUCGGCCGCCGUAGCAGGGCCUCGACAGCAGCAAGAUGGCGGCGCAGCAGCGGGAGUCGUCGGCUCGCCGUCUCCUCCGUUGGGUUUUUCCCCUCCUCCGUAAUCCAAUCCAGGAACUUCCAUUACUGACCUCAGUGGAAGAACAGGAAUUGGAUUUACCCUCCUACCUGAAACAACCAAGAAAUCAGAAAAAAGAUAUGAAGCAAUUGUUGCAAGACAUGAUAUCAGGAAAUGAACAACAGUUAUCCCUGAGAAACAGGAUAUAAGAAAACCAGGGGAGAGGUGCGCAUGCUCGGGCACUGCCUCGUCCCGCCCACUCGGGCUCUCCCUUCUCGGCCGCCGUCGCAGGGCCUCAGCAGAAGCAAGAUGGCGGCGCAGCAGCGGGAGUCGUCGGCUCGCCGUCUCCUCCGUUGGGUUUUUCCCCUCCUCCGUAGAUAAGCAAGGAGUGUCUGCAUCAGGAAGGGCACCAGGUAGCCACAGGCUGCCAGGACCAUGGGGAUGCCCAUGGCAGGACACGGCCCAGCACCCCUGACACCAAGUCCUGGUGGGCCAGGCGUGGGCAGCUCCCUGGGAGACACGAGCCCCAGCCGUCCAGCUCCUGCCAGCUUUGCAGCAGCGCCCUGGAGUGAGAAGGGCCUCAGCCCAGGGCCCACUUUGCAGACAAGGAGACUGAGUCCAUUGUGGAAAAGGCGGCUUCAAUGGUGAACUCUUCUAACAUUGCAAGAAGAAAUUAAAGAACAUUUAAAGGACCCGGUCCGGGCAGCAGCUGCAGCGUUACAUGGCGGCGGGGGGAGGGGCCGCGGGGGAGGCGAGCGCGGAGGCCUGGGGCCCACGGAGGAAGCGCGGGCUGCGGGCGGCCCUUUCAAGCUGCAGCUUCCCGCCUCCCCGGCUGUCCCCGCCCCUCGCGGCUCUCGCCGCCUAACGGGAAAAACGGCCUUCGGGGGGGCGCGCGCGGGGGGGUCAGUUACGUUCGGUUACGUUCCGUUACGUUCAGUUAGGUUCAGUUAGGUUCGGUUACAUUCAUCUACCCCAGUGUCCGUUCAAGGCACAAAUGGUGCUUCUUACAAACGGAGCUGUAUAUUUUACCCUGUUUGUGAAAGAAGUUAUAGUCAUUUCCUAUGUGUGUGUGUUGUGUUUUUCAGUGGAAAAUACUCUCUGCCUGAAUCCUGAGUUGGCUUUGUUGGUCAAAAGAUGAAGAGAAACUAUUAAGUCAGCUACUCAGGAACUUCGGUAUGAAGUUGCUGAUGGGCAGCUAAACGUGGAUGAAGGACUUAAAAAGGCAAACGAGAUGAUCACUAGAGCCAACUCUGGAGGAAAAAAACCAAGCAAAGUCUUCUGGAACUGAAAAAGCUCUUAUCCAGAAGCCCUGUGUACCUCCAGGAAGGACUUAAGCGGGUGCAGACCACUAGAGCUCGGAGAAUGUUUCCACAUUAUUAAUAAGAAAGUUCUUGGCACACUCCUUGGCUCAUCUAACCCCUCUUCUCCUUUUUCUUCAUUUUGUCGCAGUCAAAUGAGCAGAUCGAGACACAGAUCCAGGGAGACAAACUAUUAACUCAGCUACUGAAAAACUUCGGUAUGAAGUUGCUGAUGGGCAGCUAAAUCUGAAUGAAGGACUGAAAAAGGCAAAUGAGGUGAUCACUAGAGCCAACUCUGGAGAGAAACUAUUAACUCCGUUGAACAGAAACUUCAGUCUGAGUAUUUCCCCAACUUCCCUGGGUGGUGGUUGUGACCAUUUGACGAAGUGAGUGUGUUAAGUGCCUGGCAUUUAAGCGAAGUUCAGUAGGCGGUGACUUCUAGUUCUGCAUCACCCAGCAUCCUGAUGGCAAGUACUCCCUCCUGUUGGAAGGCCACACGUCCUGAUUUUUAGUCUGAGAAGAGGUUUGUCCCAUCUCUGGCCCAGGGUGCUGGUGGACAGUUCUGACAUCAGGGACCACACAGGUCCCACGAGAACCUCUGAAGGGAGCCUGGAAAGUGAUGGAGGGUGCAGGGGCAGACUCCUGUCCAGCCUGGGGACAGACAUCAUGUGGUUCUGAGCUGUCAUUUGGAGGACUGUCAGAGAGAGAAUAGAGAAGAGAGAGAGGGAGCUCAUGGAAGCUCAACAAUGGGACUUCUGAGAGACAAGUUAUUCUUUGAGAAAGGGGUGAAUUGGUUUCCCCCCAUCACAAUGAAAUGAUACCCUGGUGAUCUGCAGAUGGAUAGAUAACUUAGCCCCAUCCCACCAUUGCACAGACAGGAGGGUGAAGGGAGAGCUGGGAGUGGUCAGCUCAGGGUCACUUGGAGAACCGAUCUGGCCACCUCCGCCUCUGGAGGAGACACGGGCUGACACCAUCGGCCACUCGUAUCAGCCGUCCCCUUGGAGGUGUUCGCGUGGAACGGAGUGACGCAGGUCUCCCUGGCAGCACACAGUUCGAUGUCCUCUCAGCAGGACCCCCAAGGGCCAGGGCUGGUGGAUGUUUCAGGAGCUUUCACGGAUGACUCGGAGACUAUGACACUUUGAUGGAGUGGGAGCACAAGGAGAAGUUGAAGCAAAAGCAGGGAAAGGAGGCCAAAGGCCCCCAUGUGUCCCCUUCUGGCUUUCCACGCUGUUGUCGUCUCAGUGCCCCCCAGGCUGGGCAUGGGAUGGAGACAUGGGACAGGGCAGCCAGAAAGGCUAACAUCCCAACUGUGCCCCAUACCGCCUGCUGACACUGGACGUGGCAUUUAGCUUUCAGGGCCCCAGCCCUCCCUAGCUAGGGGAAGAGGGUGAUGAUCCCCCAGUGUGAUGAGAGGAAAGGAAGUGAUGCUCGUAAAGCACUUGUCACAUCCUUUCUCCAGUGCCAUAGAGACAAAGAGAGUAGAUCUGUGUGUCCUACCUACAGGGAAAGGUCAGCGUGAGAGGAAGGGGCUGCCUGGAGCCCAAGUGACAUUUAUGUACAACAAACCUGGUCCCUGGUGAUGAAUACUUCCUAAUGGUGAAAACAGAGUUUCGUUGGCAUCUGAUUCAGCCUGAACCACUCACCGGCUGAGGGGACGCUCGAAGAUGAACUUACUAGUGUGAAGGAUGGGAGGGUGGAGCUAACCUAUUAGGGAAGGGCAGGGAUGAGAGAGGCUCGUUAAACAAGGGUGACAGCUCCCCCUUCCCCCUCCCUUCCCUCUCCUCCUCCUGCACUGACCUCUGACCCUGCACUUCCCCCACAUCUUUCUCUCCUGACCUUGACCACAAGAGCCGAGGUGGAUCCCAUUCCACCUGUGCCACCCACAAGUUGGCAUGAGCAGACAGUUUAAAAACACUAGGCAGAGGAGAAGCAGGCAGAUACCUGCAUGGGGCCGGUCAAGGUGAGCUCUUCUGGUGAGUGGAGUUGGGGACACCCUCUCCAGGGGCAGAUCCCAGUGGGGAGGUGUCUGUGCCCCAGAGAUGGGGCAGGGGCCAGGCACAGCCCAGCCCUUCCCUGCUUGGCUGGGUUCCACCACUCCGGCACCUGUACCUCUAGGAGCUCCCGUCCCCAGGUGCCUGAAGAGUGUCAGCACUUCCGACGACUAGGGAGAAAGCUGAGCACGCCGACCAGCGAGGAUAGGACAUCACCCUAAACGGGGGUGCACACACGUUGGACUUGCCACCCAGCUUGGCUGUGCCUUUGAGAUUGGAAAGCUGGAACUACAUCUCCCAGAAGCCCUUGCAGUCAGGAUUCUGGCCUUUGACAGAUUCCACGGAGCAGACAUGCCCACCAGCAGACCUGCUGUGGAAAGCCGAGUUGUCCAAGUGUGGCCAGGCCCAGCCAUUAUAGGGAGCCUUCCUGGUGCCAUGGCUCCUCUGUGGUACAGGCCGUCGGGGACCCUGGAGCCCUGCAGAGUGGCUGCUGUUGGAAGGCUCCCCUGGCUCUGCUGGCCAAGGAUCUGCUAGAGGAGAUGGUUGCUGAGAACACGGCUCCCUUGAGCCCAGUGACUGAAACCAGAUGGCGGCUUGGUGAACCUGAGCCAGGCUGAGGCCACGAGCCAGUGCUGCAUGAGAAAACCAACUGCCCGGACUCUAAGGCUGCCAUGAGCUGCGGUGGCCAGCAUGUGACCACCCGAGCUGAGCUGGCACUGUCGGCAGCCCCGGGCAAGCACAAACUGAGCAAGGCACACGGGGAGCAGAGGCAGAGUGCCUUCACGGAGGUGCAGAGGCUCAGGGAGAGGCUGGGGGGUGACCACAGCCUGGAGUGGGAGCAUGGUGAUCCUGCUGUCCAGCCUGGCCCCCAGCAGCUGGCCCAGGACAUCCCCCAGGACCCGGCUGGCCACAUGGUCUUCUCAGGGUGGCUCAGUGGAGCCUGAGGUGAACAGAGAAGUGCUUUCAGCAAACUCAACAAGUGUCUGGCAGAGACACCGGGGCCAGCCCCUGUCUUCCCAGCAAGGGAACCUGCAGACUCCCCAGGGGACCUGUCCAGACUUGCCAACACUGUAGACAACUGGAGUCAACUUUCCCACUCCAAGCUUUGGGUGAGUAGUUUCUGGAACUUGCAAAUGUUGCUGCAAAAUGCUGUACUCUCCUGUGCUUUUCUGGGUGGCUCCAUGCUAGGGCUCAAGCACACCAUUGCCCAGAUACCAACACCUUCAUCGUCCACCCCCAACUCCUCAUUGACCCUCCUGCUGCCCACCUUCACCUCCCUGGGCUUCUCCACCCAGAAAUGGUGUGCAAAAUGCAGCCUCUCCUUCUGCCUGACGUCUGACCUGGUCUUCCACGUGUGGUUCCACCACAAAAAGGAGUGUGCAGGGCCUGAGCCACAUUCUAUGAAGCAGAGGGAGGAGACCCUUAUGUGCACCGUGUGCCACGAGUACUUCAAGGGCCACCACCUCUCCCCACACAUGACAUCCCACAUCUAGACAGGAGGUCAGGGGACAGCCUCCAGGGCCCUUGAUUUGGCUGGGGGCAGAGAUGGCACUUGUCUGGCCUUCUUUUGCAAAGACCUGCCCUUGGUGGCUUGCAGAGGUGUCUCCUCUGGCAUUUAUGCAUGCUCAACCCCAUCAUGGUUUGGAAAAAGACAGCCAAGCCUGUGCGAUGUGUGUUGAGGGAAGUAAAAUCAUGGGAUGAAAGGAUGCACUUUGCUAAUGCAGGGUAUUGGGACCAAUGAGCCCAGAGUGUUUCUAACGUCUUCAAGGCUGGGGUUCUGUGCCUGUCAGCAUUCUUGUCACCACAUUGGGAACUGAGUUGGACAUGCAGCGUGGAGUGUGGACGCAGACCAGCCUGCAUUGGGAUCUUGGUGCUUUCACAUACUAGCUGUGAUCUUGGACAUGUGUGGCUUUAAGCUUCUGAGCCCAUUUUCUUCUCGGUAUAGUGGAGAUGAUAACACUUGUGUCUUGGGGAUGUUUCAGGGUAACAUGGGAAGAUGUAUGUAAAAUGGCCAACAUGCUGCCCGGUGUAAUGUGCCCAUUGGGUAAACACCAUUUCUUAUUAUUGCCUGUAUUAUCAGCCAUUGUGAUGCAACAAAAAAUCUCAGUGGCCAACAAGAAGCAUCUACUUCUCCCUCACAGCUCUGUGGGCUGGCUGGGGUUGAGUGGGUCUUGGCAGACCACAGGUUUGACUCAGGCCCAUGGCCUUUUCUUCUAGAAUGGAUGGACAGGUCAGGGCAUUUUCCUCUCCCGGUUAUGACAAGAGCACAAGAGGGCAGCCCAGACACACAAGCACAACUGAGGCCUUGGCGCACAUCUUCUAACAUGCCUGUCUUAGUUUCCUUGGCUGCUUCAGCAAAUACCAUGGGAUGGGUCUGGUUAAACAGUGGGAAUUAAUUUCCUUACGGUAUUGAGGCUAAAAGAGUCUAAAUCAAGGGAUCAUCAAGGAGGCGCUUUCUCCCCCAACACUGUGGUGUUCCAAGGCUUGUCCCAUGGCAAGGCACAUGGCAGCCUCCCCAGGCCUCUCCAUUCUUGUCCAGGUUUCAUUAAUUUCAGCUCCAGCUGCUCUCUGUGGCUUUUUUUCUGUCCAAAUUUUAUUCUCUUAUAAAGGAUUCCAGUAAUAGGAUUAAGACCCAUCCUGAGUGAGGUGGGCCACACCUUAACCGAAGUAGACUCAUCAAAAAGUCCCACUUACAAUGGUUCACUCCCACAGGAGUGGAUUCAGUUUAAGAACAUGUUUUUCUGGAACACAGACAGCUCCAAACCACUACAGUGCUCUUGGCCAAUGCACGCCCUGUGGCCAAGCCCAAUUUAAGGGAUGAACAAGUUCACAGUGCUCAUGAUGAAGCUGUGACAAGGGAGUGGGUGGCUUGUCCUAUGAUGGGGUGGAGAAUUGGGACUAAGAAUUCCCUGCACCUGCUGGCCUGUGGGUCUUCACAUGCUCAAUAUGGGAAAAGGGAACAAGAGAGCAACACACACACAUAUACACAUACAUGUACACACAUCUUCACAAGAACUGAGUGUGUUCAAAAACAUAAGACCUAAAGGACUCUGGGGAGAAGAAUUCUGAGCACUGUUCAUCGUCCACUGUGGGUUGAACUUCAACCAGUGUCACCUUGGUCCUUGUUCCUAAUUGUGCAAACCCCAGAUCACUAACUCCUUAAUAACCCAGGCCUGGUGCCAUGAAAGCCGCUGGUGGGGAGUGUUUGAGCCAGUGUGGGCCUAUGGACAGGCUACCAGCAAACUGCCAGGAUGGGGUCAUUUCACUGCGGUUCUGGACCUCCAGUGGCCUCGGUCCCCAGGCUCGGGCCCCAGGGAGUGAGAAGGAGCCAGGAAGGAGUUGGCAGGAUGGGUG